CCGGUUAGAACGAGAGGAAAAGAGAAUUGAGCGUUUUAACGUUCUGAAAAAAACUUUGUUACGACGUUUGACGAGCGUUUUUUUUUUCUUUUGUUGUUAUAAAGUUGAGACCAAAAGUGAACUAAAAGGGACGUAGGUGGAAUAUAGUGGUGAUAUUUUUUGCACUUUUACGUCCGUUUUUGGGUGGUACUGGUGACUUUUACCCUUUGAGGAUGGAUUAUUUCAGUUUUGGAUAGUUUUGUCAGAUCAUGAUCUGCCAAGAUGCCUAUCCUACUCUCCCGGCAGCUUUCAACGGCCUCCUUGGCCACCAUAGUGGAGAAAUGCCAACGUCAACCCACUACUCCUCCACUAGAAUACGACUUGCGUCUAAGAAACAACCAAUUGGAUCUAGUUCUAGUAUCCGAUCCUCCAACUGCCAUUACUAAACCGAUCAUUCCUCCUAAACCUAAAGACUUAUCCAAAUCACCCGUGUUGCCUAAAGGGGUAAUCGCGAUAGCCGACGAAGGGUUCGAAAGCGAUAUCGAUACCAUUUCCCUAAUCAGUAGUGAAAAUGAAUCGUUUAAGCAACCCUCAACUGAAACGGACAGUGCGAACGGCGGUUCCGGUACUGAGAGUGAUACUGAGACUGAUAAAACCAACACCUUGACCCCCAAAAAUGUAAAUUCUAUCAAAGAAAGUUUUGUGAAGCCCAAGGAAACUUUCGAUCUAGUCGAUUGCGUGUGUUAUUCAGACGUCACUUAUCCAGACGUGUUAAUUUUUGUUAUAAAAAACGAAGCUCUGGUCUUUAAAUUUGAUGACCUGGACAAAUUGCGGGCGUUCUACAGUAACUUCACCACCCUAAAAGCCGUUACCAAUCAAAAAGCGUACAAUUUAGGUAAAAAUGUGGCCACCAAAUACAAUUUAUUUCAGAGAACGGACCAGAACGGGGUCACCCAUAUUGAAAUCAAAAAGCAGAAUUUCAAACAAUCUUAUAACCCUAGCGGUCCAUCCAGUAUCAUUUCCAUAGACACUCCCGAUGGUACCUUAACCAAGAAACAAGCGGAAGUCGAUGAUGCGAAAUCGAACAAGAACAAGGAUGUUAACUUGAGGCAACGGAGCGAAAGUAAAAUAAUUAACGACAUGAAAUUGUUAAACGAUGUUAAAUUUAACACGAUCAACAAUAAGGUGGGGCAGAAGAAGAUGAUCGUUAAAAGUAGUUCUAUAGAAAAUAUAUUAAAUUUAGAUAGUAAGGAGAGUAAUCUAGUCAAGGAGGAUGUGGUGGGUACGUUGAGGAAAGUAUGGAACUCAGCUGAGGAUCUUUUAAAUUCUGACGCUCCUCGUCGUCCGGAACGCAGAAGAAAAAAGAAACCGGCGCCCUUACCACCCCCCCAAACCCAACCCCUACCGCCGGAAGACAUCUUCAGUGGUCAAUUCGUGCGAGUAAACGUCAGCGUGGACCCUCAAAAAGACCCCGCCGCAACUGAAAAGACCCGUUUGCUAGUAAAAAGUACGGCAAACGAACCGCAUCCGAAAAAACUGGGGCAAAACUUUAAUUUGACCUCGUUACUGAAGUCGAACAAACCGGAACCAAGCAGGACCCAACCGUUUAUAAAUACCACCCUAAACAGACCCCAAAGGACCCCAAUUUACGAGAAAAACAACUCGUGGACCAACUCCGUGCCGCGCAUGCUCAAGAAAAAUCUGCGCAGUAAAAGCGAAACCAGGAAUUUCCAACCGAUGGCUUAUCGGUAUAUUGACACCACCACCACGGAUUAUCCCUACAACAAUCCGGCAACGCAGAAUAACGCGAUGUUCCUCACGGCGACCGGUUUACGACCCAAACCGCAUUCCGCGCAUAACGUUGACGCGGUCAAACAUCAGCCGCGCAUCAGUUUUGGGUACAACGUUGCCGGAUUUACGAAAAAUCAAGAAAAUAGUAUGGGCAAUAGGGUGUUCGGUUUAACACCUAAAUUGAAAGAUUUUAGUAGUAAGGGUGAGGGUGGGAACAAAUGGGGUAGCACUAGUGACUUAACGUAUUUAAGUAAAGAGAAGAAUAAUCUUAAGAGUAGCAUCAAGAGCGGCGGGGAGGCGGUGGGAAAGAAAAAAAAUGAGAAAAAAGUUACUUUUAGUGCGUAUACGACUGUUCAGGUAGUCUAAUUACUUAAAAUUGUUUUUUUUUUGAAAAAUUAAAUGUGUAAGUAUUUUUUAAAGUUUCAAGCCAUGUUUUAGUUUAAAUUGUAAUGUUAGUUCUUCUAACCCAUAAGAAUCUUUAUUUAGAGCGUGUUUAUUUAGCGUAAACCUAAUAGCUCGUAAAGUGAUUAUAAAUGGAUAGUUGGAUAAUUCUUUUUUCAAUAUUUAAAAUAUUUUUUUUUACAUUUAGAUGAUUUAGACUUUUUUUAAACUAUUUCUUUUUGGGUUUAGUUUUCGAGUAUUAAAACUAU